GGGGCGCGGCGGAGGGGCGGAGGCGCGCGCGCAGCGCUCAUCUUCUCGCCGCGCGCGUAUAUGGCGGCGCCGGGGGCAGGCCCCGGGCCGGGAGCGCCCCCGGGGCUGGAGGCGGCCCUGCAGAAGCUCGCGCUGCGGCGGAAGAAGGUGCUGAGUGCCGAGGAGAUGGAACUGUACGAGCUGGCGCAGGCGGCGGGUGGCGCCAUCGACCCCGACGUGUUCAAGAUCCUGGUGGACCUGCUGAAGCUGAACGUGGCGCCCCUCGCCGUCUUCCAGAUGCUCAAGUCCAUGUGUGCUGGCCAGAGGCUGGCGGGCGAGGCCCAGGACCCCGCGGCCGUGUCUCUGCCCACAUCGAGCGUGCCAGAGACCCGAGAGGCCUCCUUUCUCUCUGCCAAGAACUGUAGUCCCCCUGCAAGGCCCUCCUUUUCCUCGGCCCCGCGGCCUGCGGCCUCUCCGGUUCUGCUCCACGGCCCAGCUGCCACGCACUCGCCUCUCUCUCCAGGGCCCCCCGGUUCCCUCCGGUUCUCUUGCUGCCUGUUCUCUCCUUUCGCAGGGAUUAUCAGCCUGAUCAAGGUUAAAGAUGAACAUUAUUUGCUGUUUUCUCCUUUCCUCUCAUCCUUGAGUUUCCGGAAGGGCCCUGGUCACUAUACUGAGAGGGAGAGGAAAUUCCAGUGCGUGGCAUGCUGAAGAAAAGCUACAUUCAGACUCAGGCCCACAUCUGAGAUCCACGCUGCCAUUUGCUGGGGUUGAGCUGUACUUGCAAGUCCUUCAGAAGUGCCCUGAGCUGAGUUUGUGGGGCACCUAAGUACCCCGGAUUAGGCCAGGUGCUACAGAUGAGUUCUGUCAGCCUGGCCCAGCCUGGAGAGGGACAUGGCCUCAGAGUGGGCAAGAGCAUGUUGGGAGCUGCAAGGCGGUGGGGCGCAUGCACUCGUACGAGACAGGAUCCUUGCCCACUGACCAGUCAGUGGGCACCAGAAUAUCAGCAUUUGUAACAGGAAAAAGGAAAUGUGUGGUGACAGCUCUCUACUUUGUGUCUGUCUUUUCCAUGAGUCACUGGCAGGCUGAGUUGGCCCAGCUUCACCCCACCACAUGUCCUCUGCCCUGGGUAACCUGUUAUUACAUCUUUGUUGAGUCAACUGUACGCAAGCACUUGAGUGUGAAGCCCAGGGUGGCAAAGCAAGGGAAAAUCUGAGCUAUCAGAAUUUCAAGUGUGCCACCACUGUCACCCUUUCCAUCCCACUGGGCAGCAGAGACCCCCUGUUCUCUGGAGAGGAGCUGUUCAGAAAUGCUCUGUAGGAGGUCUGUCCUAGCUCUGCAGGAAUCCUGGGAGAAUGUAGUUGUAUCAGAGGGCCUGGACAGCAGGUCUGAUGCCCUGGAGGGCCCAGGGUCUGCAGUACUGCAAAUGCAGGUGCCUCCCCUUGUUCAAGAUGACAGAUGGGAAAACAGGAAUGACUUAACAUGCCCCCCAAGAAACCUCAUGGUGUCUUUUCUCCAAAAACCUACAAGUCCCCAGUGCAGGCUAUUUGACUAAUGGACUUUGAGGCUAAGGGUCAAACACAGGACACAUACCCUGGUCAGAGUCUGCAGGGUGGACCCUGCCAGGCUGGAGAAGAGCCCUGGCCAAGGGAGGCCCAAUGGGGAGGGACUGUGACCCAGUGGGUGAGCCUGCUCCCUGAGUACGUUUUGUCCACUGUGGUGUCCUCUGUCAGUCUUAUGAAUGCUGUCAACACCCUGAGUCCAGGGAAGCCAUUCCUUUAAAAUAAAGCUCUGGCCUAGGUGUGGUUGCAUUUUCCUGUCUUCACAGAAAGAGGGUAAGGUAAGUAACUUACAAGUCAAGGGAUAUCUGCACCAGUGGUCUCCAUCUAAAUGUGACUGCCUGUGGUCAGGGCAAGUCUCGUUGAGCACUCAAGCCUUGGCAGGAACCCAAUCACAGGAUCUGGAAGCUGAACUUGAGGGCAAGAGGCCUGACCACCAAAUGGUUGCAAAAUACUUUUGAGGUGGGUAGGGAAACACCUGUGAGAAAGAGCGUCCCAAGACCCAAAUCCAAAAGCCUGACUUCCAUUCCUGAUGGUUGUGCCUCCUGCACCAUCAGUGCACGCAGUUCAAUUGUGGGCAAUCUGGAGCGGGGAAUGCCGGGGGAGGCAGGAGGUAGCAGCCCAGCUGGUGAGCCCUCCUGCACUGCUGGUGGUCGGCUGAGUCCUUUACCUUUCCAGGGCAGGAGUCAACCAGCUGAGCUCACCUUUCCCGAAAUGGGCCUUGUGGACUUUCCCCAUUGCUCCUUGCACUGCUCCUGUCCUAGGACCCAUGCUUGAGGGCCUCCUGACUCUGCCCAGGAUUUCUCUUGGAUGUGCCAUCUCCAGGCAGCUCUCAGCCUCAGGG